GUUUUUAUUCUAAGCCACGAUGCACUAAUUUCAGCAAAUGUCCUGCUAUGUCCCGGCUAAAGCAACGUCUGGUAGCUUUACGCCAUUCUGCUGCAUGUAUGUAAUGUGUCCGUUGAUGCAGGAAAGAAGAGACAGGAAGCGGAUAAGGUGAUCUUUAGGCAAUAAAACAUGACAAGAGAAAAUCUUCUCAAAAAUCCAAAUGGAGAUGAGGACAUGGAAUUCUGGGAGCUAACAGAGAACGGAGGCUGUCAGUGGCGUGUGGAAGACAUGCCAGGGGACUGUGGACAUGCCUUCAGUGAUGAGACCGUGACGAAAUACUUUUCUACUUCUUUUCAACAGUGUCUUAAACGACAGGUGGUAGACCUGGCAGCUGAAGGCUUUACCUUGGAGGACCUGGACUUUGUUCAACCCUCUGUCACUGUGCAAGACUGGUACUGCAGUCGAACAGACUGCGGGUGUGUUUACCAGCUAGCUGUAGGUCUGCUGGAUGAGAAUCAGGAGUUGAUACAGGAAUUUAAGCCUGACAUUGUGAGCCUUGACCCAUUCAUUGAUGACUGCUCAUGGAAACAGAUUACUCAUGUGUUUUCCGAUUAUGGCCCAGGCCUGCGCUACAUUUCCUUUGAGCACGGUGGUCAAGAUUCCAAAUACUGGGAUGGUUGGUAUGGAGUGAGAGUGACUGGGAGUUCCGUCACUAUUGAUCUGUAAAUUGAUCUGACCGGGGUCACACUGGUCCAACACAAGCCCACUGGAGCGCACCUGGGUCAGUGAUGAACUGUUGCAACACCACUGUGGGUCCCUUAGAGCCAUAGCUAAAAUGGAACAUGCAUGGAAUGCAAGGGAGUUGUGUUUAUUUAUCUGCUGCUGUAACGGAAAACGCAAACAAGGAUGUUUGAGAAUUACAGGGUCCUGAUAAGCAAAGACAUGCAAACUGCUGUUUGCUUGUUGCAAACUAAUCCAGAGAGAAUGUGCUCGUGCUUGCUCGUGCUUGCUACUAACUACCUCUGCUAACGUAGACACCACUGCUGUGAUUCUAGCAAACUUUCUAAUACCAUAAUAAUUCAGUGGCUUCUGCCAGUUCAAGGAAGGAUAACGGUGUAUGAGAAAGGCAGCAAGUCACACUGUACGCUCCUGUCUGCCAAUAAAAGGACUGGAAAAUGCUAAUAA